ACAAACGUGAGUUAUUACAAGUGAUGGAUACGUGUUUGGACAAGAAACCAGAGAGAGUGGGGCCUAUAAUUGUUGAGGAUUUGAGAAAGGACUUGUUUGCUGAUUUUUCUGCAAUUGCAUCUGCUCUGCCACAGGAUUGUGUAUUAUUUGAGAAAGAGCAUCUGCGGGUCUACCUCAGGAUACGUCCCUUUACCACAGUAGAGAAUGAAAGUGGUGAAUCUCAGGAAUGUGUGUCCAUGGAGCCACCAGACACUGUUUUACUCAGGGCUCCUAGGAGCUCUUUAUCAACCAGACGACAAACUAGUCACGCAGAUGGUGACAAACCAGUCACUCAGACCACCCAAAGAUUUCAGUUUUCUCAGGUAUAUGGCCCUGACACUACACAGAGGCAAAUGUUUGAUGGCACAGUGAAACGUCUGGUCAGAGAUGUUCUAGAAGGAGGAAAUUCUAUUGUCUUCACAUAUGGAGUCACCAACGCCGGGAAGACAUUCACAUUCCUUGGCCCUGAGAGUGAUGGUGGAAUUCUUCCAAGGUCUUUGAACGUGAUCUUCAACAGCAUCGAGGGCCGGGUCUAUGCACAGAACAACAUCAAACCACAUCGAUGCAGAGACUUCACUAGGCUCACAAAGGACCAGCAGGAUGAAGAGUCUACUAAUAAGCGAAACCUCAUGAGACUGUCAAAGGAGAGUGAUUUUCUGAAAAGCACGAUGAGCUCCACUUGCAGGUCAACAAUACUGGAGGGUUCCUCCUUGAGCGACAUCAGUGAUCAGGGGGAAGGAGACAGUUUCUGUCUGGAUGUGGACUCUCACACUAAAUACUCUGUGUGGGUUUCCUUUUGUGAAAUCUACAAUGAGAAUAUCUACGACCUACUGGAGCCCAUUCCUAAUGGCUCACAUAGGAGAACCGUCCUUCGGCUGUCCCAAGACAUCAAGGGAAACACCUUUGUGAAAGAUUUAAAGUGGGUUCAAGUAAAUAAUUCAGAGGAGGCUUACAAAGUCCUGAAGAUAGGAAAGAAGAACCAGAGUUUCUCCUGCACAAAGCUCAACAAUGUCUCAAGCAGAAGCCAUAGCAUAUUUUCCAUUCGUAUCUUGCGGAUUGAAGAUGUUGGUAUACCCAGAGUCCACACAAUUAGCGAGUUGUCGUUGUGUGAUCUGGCUGGAUCUGAGAGAUGUGCAAAGACUCAGAAUAAAGGAGUGCAGCUAAAAGAGGCUGGCAAUAUCAACACCUCAUUGCUCACUCUGGGCAAAUGCAUCAAUGCUCUGAGACUCAACCAACAGGCAAAGUUCCAACAACAUGUCCCCUUCAGAGAGAGCAAGCUCACACACUACCUCCAGGGCUUUUUCUGUGGUAGAGGGAAAGCCUGCAUGAUUGUCAACAUCAACCAGUGUGCCUCCAUGUACGACGAGACGCUCAACGUCCUCAAAUUCUCUGCCAUUGCCCAAAAGGUGGUGGUCCUCAACAUCAAACCAGUCCCUGCCAUUGCUCCAAAGAGAUCUGCCAGGGAUGUGUCCCUCAUCAUCAACAAUGCUGGCUGCAAGAACCUGUGGAGUAGGAGGGAGAGCUCCAUGGUGGCUUGGGAAACAACUCUAGAAGAUGUGCAGGAAGAUGGGGAUGAGGAGGAGGAGGAUGAUUAUGAAGAAGAGGAAAGUUGCGAUGAGAGCAUGGCAGAGGAGACCAUUCUGGAGGCGGGAGAAGAGGACAAGACGGUGCUUGAGGACUUCAAUGGCCAGUUUGCUCUGGUGGAGGAACUGAGGGAGAAACUUCUGAAGGAGGAAGCUGAGAAAUUGGCUUUGGAGUCUCAUAUCCGUGAAGAGGUCACCAUCGAGUUCAUGGAGCUAUUCUCCAAAAUGGAAAGUGAUUACAAUGAGCGUCUUUCCAAAGAGAGGGAGAUCAUCGAGGACAGAGCGGACAAGAGGUUGGAGAUCCUGAAGAAUUUAGUCAGCAAAAGUGUCAGCAAGUGUGCAAGUGUCACUGGUGAUGAGGAAAUGACAAAGGAGGAUAAGGUAGAGCUCUUGGAGGGGAUCAUUGACGCAAUGCGAGAUGACCUGGCUAAAAUCAGGAGGGAUGCGGAGGCUGCACAGACCUGUUUGGUGGACCUGCCUGAGUCUCCUGGCACUGUAGCCAGCCCGAGAAAGCAAGUGGAUGACUUAUCAGAGGAGCUCCUCAAGACCCAGCAGCAACUCCACCUCAAAACAAAUGAAAUGGAUGAAAUGAGCAUGGAAUUGAAACAAUUGUGCGGGCAGCUAGAGGAUGCGAAGGAGAAUUUGGAAUCUCAGACACGGACGUUUGAGGCCUUAAUGGAAAUCUGCCAUGAGAAAGAUGACAUGAUUACCAAGCUGCAGGAAGCAAUAGACCAGAAUAGUGAGGCUGCAACUAGGGAUGCAGCCUUGGUUGACUCCAUCAAGGAUGAGAUUCUGAGCUUGAAACAGAAUUGUAAGUGUAUGAGUCGGGAAAGUCCCAGUGCUGAGGAGGGCAGGAACCGCCAUGCUGAUGUCCUGGAAAACCUUGAUGAUCAGCCUGCCCUGAAGAAAGGGCGUCUUGAGGAUGAGCGUGUUAUUCUAGCAUGCGAGUUGGAGAAACUCCGGGCGGAAUGUCAUCAAAAAGACAUGACCAUUUCACAGUUAAAAGAAGAACAUGAGGUGAUGGUUCAGAAGUUGGAGACAGUCAAAGGAGAGAUAAAAAUAAUGAACGAAGACUCCGAUGAGCUCAAACGCGAGAAGGUUUCGUUCGAACAGAACUUACAGAAGCUCACCAAUGAUUUGGAGGAGCAGACGGAUGACUGUGAAGCUGUGAUUGCUUUGCUGGAGAAAGAGAGGAAAGAGACAGCCAGGCACUCUAAAGACAACAAAGCACUGGUCAACGGCAUCUUCCAGCUCCAGCAGACAUCACAGAAAGCGGAGUCUUCAGUGAAAACUCUCCAAACAGAACUUAUCGAACAGACUGAGAGGUCCGCCAAUCUUUUAGAGGAGCUAGAGGCAGCCAGAGCACUCUUGAAGGAGCUCGAAGACCAAUCUAACGAAAAAUCCAAAACCAUUGAAUCUUUGACUUUGGAAACUGAACGACUCCAGAAGGAAGCGGAGGAACUGAAGGUCUCUUCUGUGCAGAGGAACGACUCAAAGUUCCAUGACACCAUAGAUGCCAUGAAAAGGGAGUGUGAGCGUGUGGUGGAACAGUUGCUCCAGAAGAGCCAGUGGAUAGCUGACCUGGAGCAGGAGCUCAACCAGGUCAGAGAGCAGCUCUCUGGACAGGAAGAACUCUGCAGCCAGCUGAGACAUGAGCUAGAGACACUGCGGUCAGAGGCACAAUUCAACCUGCAGGACUACGAAUUAGAGAAGGGGGCUUACAAUGAAAUUACGAAGAGUUACUCUGACCUCGAACAAAUGGCAGGCCACCUGAAGGAGCGAAUCGUGGACCUGGAGGUUCAGGUGCAGUCCUCUGGAGGCAGCUCUGAGAGGGUUGUGGAGUUGGAGAAGCAGCUGGCUGAGAGGGAGGCCCAGUGUGGAGCUCUGCAAGGGAGACUAGAGGUGGCUCAGCAGAAACUGUCCCAGGUGGAAGAAAGUCAUAUAAAUAAGUCCAAGGAGAAGGUGAUUGAAGACAUGCGUCUUGCACUGACAGAGCAGGAGAGGACACAAACAGAACAAGAGCAGAUUCUGGAGGCUAAAAUGAAAGAGAUUGAGGCAUUAAGUCGAGAGCUGAUGAGUUUGAAGGACAGCUGCCUUCCAAAAAACGUGAACAGUGCCAAGUUUUCUCAUGUGAUCAACUGUCCUGGCGAGAACGUGAAGCAGGAACGUCAGCGGACUGAAGAGCGCUUGAAGCUGGUUAAUGAGCAGAAUGAGGUGGAGAACCAGAAGUGCCUUGAAAAGAGGGCAAUUCUGAUGGAGGGAGCUGACGAGCCAGAGCAGGAGGAGAGUCGGUGCCCGGCUCCAGAUUUGAUGAGGGAGUGUCGAAAGGAGCUCUGCCGUAGCACGCUGCAGACUGAAAAGGUGAAAUUGUCUAAACAACCUUCAGAAAAAGAAGAGGAGAGUGUCUCUAUAGUUGAGGCCCUCCAAUUAGAGAUGCAGGAGAGAAACGCAGAGAAAGAGCACAAGCUCAGGGAGCUCCAUGACCACUUAAAUUUCCAAACACAAGAUGUACUGGACUCCCCGCAGGUGUCCACAGAUGGCAGGCGAGAGCUUUGCUUCCCCAAGCUGGAGAGCCAGCUCACCCCUCUGCACCCCAACAAGCUGAACGUCCGGAGGCAGGGAGAGAACAAGUCUGUGAACAUCAAAAUCACCCGCUCAGCCAGGAAGAGGAAUAGCAACGAGAUGGAGAAGGGCCCUGUGGAAAGUGAGAACAAAAAGAAUAUCAUGUUGAGGGUGAACAACAGAGUGAACAUGCAGUCGCUGACAGUGCUCGGUGUAAAAACAGACCAGAACAAGCAAUGCACACCAGCAAGUCUUAAAGCCAAAAAGGAUGGAACGGUCCAGAAGAUUGGAGACUUCAUCCAGAGUUCCCCAACUCUGCUUGGGGGCGAAGCUAAGUCAAUUAUGGGGAUUGUAAAUGGAAGAUCUACCAAGCGAGAGAGAGCCACAUCAGUGAAACCGAAAAGGACCAAGAGGAAGCUGUACAAGACCGAGAUCUCCUCUCCUCUGGACAUCCCAUCUCCUCCAAUCAUUGGUCUUGAUCAAGAUGAGAAAGAAAGCGACCAUCUAAUUAUCAGGAGGCAGCUUAGAUCAAGAACAGCAAGGAAAUGACUUCAUCAACAGUGGCCAGGAGUUGAUAUUUCUUACUUUACUUAAAAACUAUUGUUAGAAAACAACCCAUGUACAUAUGUGAAUAUUUUCAUAUUUUGUUUCUCAUUCUUUUACAUUAUGUUUUAAACUCUUAUUUUUUUAAAUUGAAAAUAGUAUACAGUGGGGGCAAAAAGUAUUUAGUCAGCCACCAA